AUGUGCAGCGAGCUCCCCCAGAACCUUUUCCACCACCUUAUUCGACCCGAGGCCUCAGAGUUCAAGGGCAUGAUUCGGGGCCUGCCUCAGGCUGCUCGCCCCUCGCUCAGUGCCAGUGGCCAACCGCGGGGUUCUUCUUUGGGCCAGCUGGAUCUCCUCCCAGCGGAGCUUCUGCUCAGUGUGCUCGAUCUCCUCGACUUUCAGUCGCUUUCGCGCCUCUCGCGUGCCUCAUCUCUGGGCAAGGACGUUGUCGAGGAUCUUCCCGUUUAUAGAGAUGUUAUCGAGCAUGCCCCCGAGGCCCUCACAGCCCUGGUCAAGACUCGCCUCGUCAGCCACCACCCGGCUGCCCUUGUUCAUCAGGCUCUCCACCAGAGCAGAUGCGUCUCGUGCCACUACUUUGGCGGAUUCCUGUUCUUGCCCACCUGCGAGAGAGUCUGCUUCGAGUGCCUGUACGAGAAUCAGGCCUUCCGCAUGACAACCCCAACCCUAGCAAAGCAGUGCUUUGCUCUCACAGAUAACGACCUGGAACAGAUCCCCCUCAUGCAUAGCAUCCCGGGGACUUUUGGUCUGAGAUUCCAGUUCGCUCACAAGCAAGUUGAGCACCUGGUUAGCGUCAAGCAGGCCAAGCAGCUCGCCCUCCAAGUCCACGGCUCCCCCGAGCAGCUGGCCGAGCUGAGGCCCAAGUUCCGCGCUGCCAACAUGACCCCGAGAGUCCUCGGCAUGUUUAGGCACUUCCACGAGGCCCCUCUGGAGCCCCCGGCCUGCGAUAUGUCGCGACUGCCACGAAAGGCUGAGGUCGUGGAAGAUGAUUUUGGCGGCAUGGCCUCCAUUCGCUUCCCGUCCCUGACUGAUUCUGGCGUCGAGAACGGCCACCUGUGCCAGGGCUGCCUCGUCACGUACGGACAUUACAUGCAAGGUGCGCUACCGGAGAGCACGCUGUCAGAACUCGUUCCAUCAGGUGUUGGUCCGUACCGUCCACUUCUUGCCAUACUGACUCGUCUGUGGUCCGCCGACGGCUUCAUGGAGCACGCACGCCAAUGCUAUGGUGUCCGUCGUCUCGUAGGCCAGUGCUUGUCGUGA